AUGGACACAGAAGUAGUCAAGGCUUUCAAUGCCGAGUUAACGUCUGUAUAUGAUUCGAAACCGCCAUUGAGCAAGAAGAAAAUACAAGAUAUUGCCAAAGCAGCUUUGAAAGCUAAGGGAUUCUACAAACAUGUCGUUUUCAGCGUGGAGAAAUUUCUGGCAAAGUGCAAAAUAGAGUAUAAAAUACCCUGUCUAUACGUCAUCGACAGCAUCAUUCGCACUUCGAAACACCAACUGAAAGAAAAGGAUGUUUUCGCUGCUCGAUUUCUCAAGAAUUCUCGCACCGCUAUCCGAUCUCUUGCUUGUCCACCUCGUGUCGUUCGGACUCUGAAUUUGUGGAGUGCUAAUGGCGUCUACACUGAAGAACAAAUGGCUCCUUACAAGCAGCAAUGUCGAGAUAUGGGCAUA